UUUUCUGACGGAGAUCACCACUAUAUAAGACUGACUGUUCUUGCUUAUUGUUAAUUCACUCCUGAAUUCCAUCUGCGAACCAACUACAAGCGAAUAGCCAUGAAGACUAUUGUGGUAGCCAUUGUGGUUGCGCUAGCAUGCGCCGUGUCGGCCCAGUUUCCUGCUGGCUGGAACUACGAUCCAUUCAAAUACUAUCCUUAUUCAGCUCUCCAGCCACCAGCACAAGAAACAGCCGAAGUCGCCGCAGCUCGUCGUGCUCACAUGGCCGCUCACGCCCCAGCUGCUCGUGGUAAACGCUUCGUCCCGUCAGAAACUCCAGAAGUCUGGGCUGCCAAAGUAGAACAUUAUCGCGCCCAUUCCGCCGCUGCCGCAGCCAACGGAGUCGUUUCAUCUCUUCCACCUUUGUACACUGCUGAGGUUGCUGCUGCUCGUGCCGCUCAUAUGGCAGCUCUUGCUCAUGCCACCGCAAGAGGCCGAAGAUCCAUCCCGGACACUCCCGAAGUUUGGGCUGCUAAGGUCGAACAUUACCGUGCUCAUUCUGCUGCCGCCGCUGCCAAUGGAGUCAUUUCGACGCUCCCUCCUCUGGAACCGCAACUGCCAGUCUGGGGCCCUCCUCAGCCCGUCCAGGAUACUCCCGAAGUAGCUGCGGCUCGUGCUGCUCAUAUGGCCGCUCUCGCUGCCGCCCGUGGUAAGAGGUCCGUGCAAGAUACUCCCGAAGUGAAAGCCGCUACUCUUGAACACUACCGUCUGUACACCGCAGCUGCCGCUGCUAACGGAGUCGUCGCUUACUUGCCCGCACGAUAUGCCGACAUGCCGAAUGCUCUUCCGCAGCAGGUCCAGGAUACCCCUGAUGUUGCCGCUGCCAAAGCCGAAUUUGCACGCGCAUAUGCCCUGGCCCUGGCACGAGGCUAAUGUCCAUCUCUGCUAUUUCUGAGGACAAUUAAAAAAAAAGAACCUUACGUAACGUUUCGAAAUGCAACUGAUGAUUGUCGAUGGUUUUUGUAUACAAAUGAGUGGUGGAUUAUUGGAGGAUUAACGAAGACACAAAUAGAUUUUUCCUUUCUUUUUUAUAAA